AUGGAUAAGGAUGCGAUAAAUGACAUCUGCCGACUACGAUUGAAUAAGAAGUCUCCGAACUACAGUAAUUUGAAUAGGAUAGUAGCACAGGUAGUAUCAUCUAUAACGGCCUCAAUACGCUUCAGCGGUGAACUAAAUGUGGAUCUCAGCGAAUUUUCUACGAAUCUCGUUCCAUUUCCACGGAUACACUUCCCUCUGGUGGCUUCAAGUCCUCUACUAGCAGAGGAGAAAGCACAUCGUGAGGCUUUGACCGUCAGGGAUAUCACAGCCAUGUGCCUGGAGCCUUCCAGCCAAAUGGUGAAGUGUGAUCUACGCGGAGGCAAAAAUAUGGCUGUUUGUUUGCUAUACAGAGGCGACGUCGUACCGAAAGAUGUCAAUCAAGCUAUUGAGUAUAUUAAAAUGAAGCAAGUGCUCGAAUUCGUGGGAAUCAACCAGAAACCGCCAACUUCUGUACCAGAAAGUGGAUUGGCAAGAGUUCCUCGAGCCGCUUGCAUGCUGUCGAAUAAUACAGUAAUCGUCGACGCUUGGGCUCGCCUCAAUCACAAAUUUGAUCUUAUGUAUGCAAAGAGAGCAUUUGUUCAUUGGUAUCUUGGCGAAGGAAUGGAAGAAGGAGAGUUUUAUGAGGCUCGUGAAGAUGGCGUGCUUAGAAAAGGACUAUGGAGAGGGCGACAACACCGCUCCGAGACCACAUACAGAUCGCAAGGUAUUGCCAACGAUUUCAACCAAGUAUAA